CCCUGGCUGAGUAUCUUUAAAGUGUGUAUAGGAAGAGGGUACCUGGAUGGCUCAGUUGUUUGAGUGGCUGACUUGAUUUCUGCUCAGAUCAUGGUCCCAGGGUCAUGAGAUGGAACCCUGGAUUCUCAAUCCCACUCCCUCUGCCCCCUCCUCCACUCCUGUGGACUCUGUCUAAAAUUUAAAAAAGAAAGAGAAAGAGAGAAUAACAGAGAAACGAGUGAGGAAACAGUUCUAAGACAAUUGAAUUUUAGGCACAGAAAUAUUGUUGAAGGUACUGGAGUGUAUGAUCCUAAGUGUGAAUAUUUUCCUUGUGAACUGCUUGAAUACACAAUAUGGACACAGUGCUGAAUGGCCAUUGACUUGUUUACUUUCUCCAACCUUCUUUUCUUUUUCAAAAGGUGUCCAAGGUACAUAGAACCACAAAAUCUAACAAGGGUUUCAGAAUUCUUCCUCACGGGACUCUCAGAUGAUCUAGAACUGCAGCCCCUCCUCUUUGGGCUGUUCCUGUCUAUGUACCUGGUCAGUGUGCUCGGGAACCUGCUCAUCAUCCUGGCCAUCAGCUCUGACCCCCACCUUCACACCCCCAUGUACUUUUUCCUCUCCAACCUGUCAUUGGCUGACAUCGGUUUCACCUCUACUACCAUCCCCAAGAUGAUUGUGGACAUCCAAACUCAGAGCAGAGUUAUCUCGUAUGUGGGCUGCCUGACUCAGAUGUCUUUUUUUAUGCUUUUUGGAUGUUUGGAUAGUCUCCUCCUGGCUGCGAUGGCAUAUGACCGGUUUGUGGCAAUCUGUCACCCCCUGCGCUACUUGGUCAUCAUGAACCCUCGCCUCUGUGGCUUGUUGGUUUUGGCAUCACUUUUCAUCAGCGUUUUGGUCUCCCAGAUGCACAAUUCGAUCGUGUUACAACUUACCUACUUCAAGGAUGUGGAAAUUUCUCAUUUCUUCUGUGAUCCUUCUCAACUCCUCAACCUUGCCUGUUCUGACACUUUCACCAAUGACGUAGUCAUGUAUUUUGUUGGUGCCAUCUCUGGCUUUCUCCCUAUCUCAGGGAUCUUUUUCUCUUACUAUAAAAUUGUUUCUUCCAUUCUGAGAAUCCCAUCAACAGGUGGGAAGUACAAAGCCUUCUCCACCUGUGGCUCUCACCUGUCAGUUGUUUGCUUAUUUUAUGGAACAGGACUCGGGGUGUAUCUCAGUUCAGCCGUGUCAACUUCCCCCAGGAAGGGUGCAGUGGCCUCGGUGGUGUAUACUGUGGUCACCCCCAUGUUGAACCCUUUCAUCUACAGCCUGAGGAACAGGGACAUCCAAAGGGCCAUGCAGAGGCUCCUCAGCAAAACAAUCUAAUCUCAAUACUGUGCUGUCCAUUUGGAGUGUAGGUAGGAAAAUGCAGCAAAACUAACCUAGACUUGCAAAUCCUACCUCUCUCACCAUAUCAUUUUUUUAGCUGUCGUGGCUUUCACCCCUCUCCUUGCUGAACAUUUCCAUAUUGCUUUUUUUCAUAUGUCUUCAAUGGGACAGAGAAAAUAUUCUGGGGUCCUUUGUAUAUCAUAAUCAUUGCAUGACUGAAUCCUAUUAUAUCUGUGGAGAUUCUGUGCUUUAGCAUUGGUGAUCCAAGCACCCCAGAAAGAUGAGAGGUUCUCUUUUUAUACAUAUAAAUCACAUUUCCCCCACAGUUCUUGUGUAUUUUCCAUAAAGAUUUCUCAUUUUUCCAAUCAGGUU